AAAGAGAAGGAAUGUCUUUCACUCUCUCAUGCUUUCUCCUCUCCCCUCUCCCAAGCACAUCUGAGUUGCUGCCUGGACUUCAUGCUUAGCUCCAAACUCAUGAAAAAUUGCCAAGUAUAAAAGCUUCUCAAGAAUCAGAUGGAUUCUAGGGUGUCUUCACCUGAGAAGCAGGAUAAAGAGAACUUCGUGGCAUUUCCAUUACCUAAUGGAGCUGAGCCUCAUGUGCACAUGUAAUGAUGCAAGGGCUUGAUGGAACUCUAGAGGCGAGCUUGUAGGUGUCAACAGUAAACGGCUUGGUGUAUGUGGCUGGCUCCUGUUUUCCCUCUCUUUCCUGUUGGUGAUCAUUACCUUCCCCAUCUCCAUAUGGAUGUGCUUAAAGAUCAUUAAGGAGUAUGAACGUGCUGUAGUAUUCCGUCUGGGACGCAUCCAAGCUGACAAAGCCAAGGGGCCAGGGUUGAUCCUGGUUCUGCCAUGCAUAGAUGUGUUUGUCAAAGUUGACCUCCGAACAAUUACUUGCAACAUUCCUCCACAAGAGAUUCUUACCAGAGACUCCGUGACUACUCAGGUAGAUGGAGUUGUCUAUUACAGAAUCUAUAGUGCUGUCUCGGCAGUGGCUAACGUCAAUGAUGUCCAUCAAGCAACAUUUCUGCUGGCUCAAACCACUCUGAGGAAUGUCUUAGGGACACAGACCUUGUCCCAGAUUUUAGCUGGACGAGAAGAGAUUGCCCAUAGCAUCCAGACUUUACUUGAUGAUGCCACCGACCUGUGGGGAAUCCGGGUGGCCCGAGUGGAAAUCAAAGAUGUUCGGAUUCCCGUGCAGUUGCAGAGAUCCAUGGCAGCUGAGGCUGAGGCCACCCGGGAAGCCAGAGCCAAGGUCCUUGCAGCUGAAGGAGAAAUGAAUGCUUCCAAAUCCCUGAAAUCAGCCUCCAUGGUGCUGGCUGAGUCUCCCAUAGCUCUCCAGCUGCGCUACCUGCAGACCUUGAGCACAGUAGCCACCGAGAAGAAUUCUACAAUUGUGUUUCCGCUGCCCAUGAAUAUACUAGAGGGCAUUGGUGGGGUCAGCUAUGAUAACCACAAGAAGCUUCCAAAUAAAGCCCGAGGUCCUCUUGCUACCGGUAGCCAGUUAUUGCAUAGAGAGUGGUAUCUAUUCCUACGGAGAAGCCAGCAGUUAGAAACGGAGAGAAUUCCAACACUAUUCAUGUAACAGUAACUCCA